AUGUGUUUUCAUUCCCAGGUUCUGAGUAAUGGAAGGUACAAGAGCGUUCACCACAGAGCAGUGACGAGCAAGGAACGGAGUCGGGUUUCUUUGGCAAUGUUUUAUGCUCCGGAUAAAGAUGCGGUGAUCGGUCCGGUGGAGGAUUUGAUCGACGGCGAACACCCGAGAAUGUAUAGGGAGUAUAGGUAUUCAGAGUUUUUGGAGGAAUUCGGGAAGCAGGAAGGAACCGGGUGGAUGGUGAAGGAAACCUUUAGGCCCAGGGAGGGAAUAAAGUAA